GCUUUGCGCUGGGAUGGAGCUUGUUUGCUGUCAUGGCUUCCCAGCUGUAGUAAAAGCAGCCGGCGGUUGGUGAGAGGCAGGGUACCCCAUGUUACCUCGUCAUCUUCACCGAUUGGGCAGAGACUGGGUUGCCCGUGCUGAACAUCCCAAAUCUCUGCGCAUGAAUAGGCACUUUUUUAGGUCCCCAUGGUGGACAGGACACCACCCCAGGACUCCUUACACUCCUGGCAAUGCUUGGCACCCUCCAGUAGAGUGGCGACCACAUCAUUUUUUUGUCCCUAGUAGAGCUCAAUAUCAGAAUCCCUCCUGUGUUCCUUGGAAUCCCCGUCCGUCAGCCUGGCUUCAUACGUCUCACCUUAACAUGGCAUCGAAAGCAGAUGAACCGUUACCGAAACGAGUUAAAAGUACAGAGGAAAGCCGUCAUGGGAGAAAGGUGUCUUCAAAGAGAUCAUACAGUCCGACAAAAGAUUUCAGAGUACCACCGAUACCUGACCCAUCUGCUCCUGUCACCGACUCCGAAGAAGAUGCAGACGGAAAAGGAAACAUAAGGAGAGGAUGGGAGGACUUCAGCCAGUAUUACACAGCAAGGGCGAGAGAUGAGAAUGACAGUCGGAGAUGUACAGAAAGCUUUGAUUUCACUGUCCUCUCCUAUAACAUACUUUCCCAAGACUUGUUGGAAGACAACGCUCACCUGUACAGCCACUGCCGACGGCCGCUUCUCUUCUGGAGCUACAGACUCCCCAAUAUCCUUAAUGAGAUCGAGGAGAUGGAUGCUGAUAUUCUUUGUUUACAAGAGGUCCAAGAAGAUCACUACAGAACACAGAUCAAGCCCAGUUUGGAAGCCCUUGGAUACCAUUGUGAAUAUAAGACGCGCACGGGGAGUAAACCGGAUGGCUGUGCCAUAUGUUUCAAGUCCUCCAAGUUUAUCUUGGCGUUGACGAAACCUGUGGAAUAUUAUAGAAGGAACAUAGCGCUGUUAGACAGGGAUAACAUUGGCCUCGUGCUGCUGCUUCAGCCCAGAACGGAAAUAGAAGCUCCUACGAUAUGCGUUGCGAACACACACUUGUUGUAUAAUCCAAAGCGAGGGGACAUUAAGUUGACUCAGUUGGCCAUUCUGCUGGCGGAGAUAUCUGGAGCUGCUCGUCUGAAGGACAUGAGUUACUGUCCCAUCGUCCUCUGCGGGGAUUUUAAUUCUGUGCCUGGAUCGCCUCUGCACCGUUUUAUAAGAGAUGGAAUGCUGAACUAUGCGGGAUUGUCUGUUGGAAGGGUUUCAGGGCAGGAAAAGUACCCCACAGGGAAAAGGAUUUUGUCUAUUCCUAUCUGGCCAAAAAGUUUGGGCAUUUCUCAGAACUGUGUGUAUGAGACAAAGGAGAUAACAGAAGAGUCGGGUGGAACCAUCGAGGAGGCUGCUGAAGACGGGAUUGAUAAAAGCGUGGAUUCCAGCUUGCAGCAUCGGUUCAGCUUGUCCUCUGUGUAUUCGCAUUACAUUCCUGGGAGCGGCGUCCCCGAGGUCACCACCUGCCACUCCAGAUCUGCCAUUACUGUGGAUUACAUUUUCUACUCCUCUGCUAAAGAUGACAUUUUCGCCGAUCCAGGGUCGGAUGUCUCUUGCAAUGGAUUGAAACUGCUUGGGCGGCUGUCACUGCUCACUGAAAAAGAUCUAUGGAGUGUUAAUGGUCUUCCCAACAAGAACAAUUCCUCAGAUCACCUCUCAUUAUUAGCCAAGUUUAGGCUGGAAAUAUGACAAAUCUUUUAGUUUUUAAUUUCUCCUUGUAUGAAUUUUAUUGAGGAGACGUGGAUCUCGCUGAAGGGAGAUCAUAUUAGUUUUGUAUUUUAUUGCUGUUUUUAUGUGUUUAUUGUUUAUAAUUUGGUUGUAUGAUGGCUUCUGAACAUUCUUUAGUGCCGUGUUUCGAGUUUUCAAGUCUUGUAAAUAUAUUCUUAAUUAUUAUAAAAUAAAAACAAGUUAAGGGUUAAACCUUUUCCCAUCCCACAUCAAGAGCAAAAAGGAAUCACAUUUUAAUGAAAAUUUGUCACGUCUUACGAAGUGUUAGAACGCUUGGGGGCAGAGUUUUAACACCAAAAUCCAUCUCCUGCUGGCAUGAAGCGGUAUUUAUUCAUAUUCCCAUAGAAAGGAAUGCAGUUACUUAAUAUACAAACUGCAGCAAAAAAAAAAGGA